UCUUGCGAGAGAGGCCAGAACCGAGCAAACUUAACCCAACUCCAAACAACUGAAUCGAACCAGUACUACCAGACCAGAGAUCACCACAGCUCCUGCAGUUCUGCAUCGGCUCCGCUCCGCUUACCUCACCGGCCUAGGGUUUUUGCCGCGGCUCAUCUCGCCCGCUCCGCCAUGGCCGCCGCUCACGAGUGCUCCGCCGCCGCCGCCGGCGAGGCCCCGACCACCGGGGAGCACCGGAUGGGGACUACCAUCGUCGGGGUCUGCUACGACGGCGGCGUCAUCCUCGGCGCCGACUCCAGGACCAGCACCGGAAUGUAUGUGGCAAACCGUGCUUCUGACAAGAUUACUCAACUGACGGACAAUGUGUAUGUCUGCCGCUCUGGAUCUGCUGCUGAUACACAAGUCAUUUCAGACUAUGUACGUUAUUUCCUUCACCAACACACAAUCCAGCUUGGGCAACCAGCUACUGUCAAAGUUGCAGCAAACUUGAUUAGGUUGCUAGCCUAUCAGAACAAGAACAUGUUGCAAGCUGGCAUGAUAAUUGGAGGAUGGGACAAGUAUGAAGGAGGCCAAAUUUUCUCCGUUCCCCUUGGUGGAACGAUUCUGAGACAGCCAUUUGCAAUUGGAGGUUCGGGUUCAAGUUACCUAUAUGCGCUGCUUGAUCAUGAAUGGAGAGAGGGAAUGAGCCAGGAGGAGGCGGAGAAAUUUGUGGUGAAGGUAGUUUCCCUUGCUAUGGCCCGUGAUGGUGCUAGUGGAGGGGUUGUUCGUACAGUUACUAUAAAUGCUGAUGGUGUGAAGAGGAACUUUUACCCCGGCGACAAGCUGCCACUGUGGCACGAAGAGAUGGAACCCCACAACUCGUUGCUUGAUAUUCUAGCUGCUGGAAACCCUGAUCCAAUGGUGCAGUGAAUUUGCACACCAGCCAUGGCCCUUUCUUUGUGAACUUCCCUACUGUAUCUGACUUCUAGAUUUCAACUAAAGAACUCGAAACCAUUCCUGCCAAAUUAUGCCACACCAAUGUAUUUACGUUUUCUUGUUAUCGUUGUUUCAGUUUAGCACUAUGAUUGAUGUUUCAAAGCAAUGGUUAUCACAGCA